AUGCAUUUGCGACUGAAACCGCAGCACGGCGCGUGGUCGCUGCUCGUCCAGACGCAGUUCGGCCUCGCGCUCGCGCUCGGUCUCCUGCCCAACCGCCAGGCUCGUACACCACGCCACCUUCCGGGUCGUUACAUCGUCGAGAUGGCGUCUCCUCCCGCUGGUUCAAACCAUACAAUCUCCUCGGUGAGUUGCCUCUCCGACGUCAAACCGCGUCACCUCGGUGUCUCGAGGCAACCGCGCGCGCAAAGCAGGGUUUGCACGGACACUUCCGGGACGGGGACAUCCGAACACAGGACGUCGACUCAUGCUUGUGGUUGUGACGGUGCUACAGAUGCUAGACAAGGUCGUAUCUCACGUCCAGUCGCACUUGGACAUCGAUCGCAUUCAUCACAGGUUUGAACACGACCUGUUCACCGGUUUCUCUGUUCAACUCGCCGGCAACACGACCCAUCACCACUUAAGCGAGCUCGAGCAUGUCGUCGUGAGUUUUCUCGCGCACAUUUGAGAAGCGCAUCCCGUCACUAAGCUGUUCAUUCUGUCCCACAGAAAGUUUACCCCGUCAGGUUGUACGACGCGAUCAAUCAUCACAAAUCGCUUGGACAGCACCACUUCCACCUCGGCCACGGUCGCGCCGCCUACGCCGAUGACGAUUUCGCGCCUCACAAGAUGACCGGGGUCGACAAGCUUCACAAGAAGGGCAUCCUUGGUGCUGGAGCUCUGGUAUGCGUGUUGGACACAGGAGUUGACUACAAGCUCCCCGCACUUGGUGGGUGCUUCGGCUCCAACUGCCACGUCAAAGUUGGUCACGAUUUCGUAGGCGACGAUGGGAAACAUCCCGACAGUGAUCCUUUCGCUCAAUGCCAAAGUCAUGGGACGCAGUAAGUUCCAGCAGCUCCCUUCGACCGAAACCCCAUCCACCUCAGUUGUCUGAUCCGCUCCCGCGUGCGUGUGUGUGAACAGCGUUUCUGGUAUCAUUGGCGCUCUCCCCAACAAGGAUGGCUUCACCGGUGUUGCACCUGAGGCGGACCUUGGGAUGUUCAGGUUAGUCUCAAGCAUGAAACUUCUCGAGGCGGCUAACAUCGACUAGUCCUUGGCCAAUCUUCUACAAACUAAUCAUGACGGCCCUCUCCACUGCACGGUCAGGAUCUUUUCUUGCGAGGGACCCGCGCCUGGCGAUGCCAUCAUGCAAAGCUUGAUUGCCGCCGCCACGAGCAACUGUGAUGUCAUCAACAUGUCGAUUGGAGGCAGGGCUGCGUUUAGCGAAGCCAACGUGUUGGACCGGCUCAUUGAUCGUCUCGAGGCGAGGGGUAUCGUCGUCGAGAUCGCUGCCGGGAACGGCGGAGAAGCGGGUCUCUUCACGACAAGCUCGCCCGCUUUGUCUCCUGGAGGGACGAGUGUUGGUUCCGUCAAUGUCGAGUCUUGUCCCGCAUUCCGACUCGAUCUUGAGGGUGGUGGUUCUCUCAAGACGAUCCCCUACCUCGCGAGUGCCCGCUACAAUUCAACCGCGCCCCUGCCGCUGGUCGCACUUUCCUACGAUACGGAACUCAGUUCUAUUGGGGCAGCAUGCGAACCAAUUCCGGCGUCGAUCGACUGCAAAGGUGCAAUUGUGAUCACACAAAGGGGCCUCUGUCCUUUGUUGCAGAAGGUGCAGAACGUCGCCGCCGCCGGUGCUCUGGUGAUCGUGCUCUACACCGCCAACUCGUCAAAACCAUUCACCAUCUACGAUUCGGAGGAACUUCCUCUCUUCCCUAUCGUCAUGACUGCGGAAUUCGUUAUCCCACUCCUGAAAGCGCUCAAGGCCAACCCGCAUAUGAAGGCUUCGCUUUCUGGAGAGCUACCCGAGUCUAACCACGACAUUGUCGACAACCUCACUGGUGGCCUCGUCUCCGGCUUUUCUGCGAUGGGUCCUUCGGCCGACAUGCUGCUUCAAAGUGCAUUCUGCGCACCUGGGGGCAACAUCUUGUCCACCUUUCCUUCCACUGACGGCGGAAUCGGCAUUGACAGCGGAACGUCAAUGGCCACGCCAUUCGCGGCAGGUGCCGCCGCGUUGCUUCUUGCCGGCCGUCGUUCCGAAAAGCUGACGCCAGCGCAGAUCAAAUCGUUGCUCGUGACAACUGCGAAACCGCUUUCAGUGACUCGGAACAGCUCCGAUCUGGUCAGCACGUUGAGGCAAGGCGGUGGUCUGAUCCAAGUCGACAAGGCAUUCGAGGCAAAGACAUUCUUCAGCCCCCUCGCGCUAAGCCUCAACGACACGGCCCACCCACAUCUCACACACGAGAUUGAGAUCACUAACACAAACGAGUUUGACGUCACCUACACGUUUGGCUCGAGAUCAGCACAGAGCUUGGCGGCGUACAAUAAUGUGAGUGCGCGCUUUGCUGCGCAGUGAACGCGCGGUCAGCUUGAUGUUUUGUCAAUUCCUUACCGCGAAUUGCUCUAUUUGCUUCACCAACGUAGAGCGCUAUCGAAGAUGUGCUGCCCGCGGAGACUCCGGUUCCAGUAGAUGGGGCCGCGGAGGUUCUGUUUCAGGUUCCUGUCCUGCGAGUUCUCGCCGGUCAGACGGGGAAGAUCGUUGUGAACUUCAGGACCCCAGUCUUCUCCAAAGAGAACCUAGCUCAACUGCCGUUCUACGGCGGGUAUGUCACGAUCCAGAGUGACGAGUGCACGCAUAUCAACUAUUCGAUUCCUUACUUUGGAUUGGGAUCGAGGCUCAUCAAGAUGCCGGUCGUGGACACUACCUCGACGUUCACCGCUCUCGCCCUUGGCGACGAUGGCACUACGGAGCAGGAUUACUCUUCCUUAAAUCUUCCCCUUUUGUCGACAAACAACAUCGAAUUGAAGGUUCAAGUACCUCAGACGGACCCGAAAAAGGUGGUGAUGUACCAUCGUGCGGCCGGCGUCGCUUUACAGUUCCGAUUUGCAGGUGAGCAACACUCGCAUGGACACUCCCCGAGUUCCUGCAGUUGGUAGGAGACUGACCACGCUCACGCUUGUGCAACAACAUGACAGGCCCUUCGAGGAUGGUCACCGUCGAUUUGGUGCACGCCAAUACGACCUUUAAGGCGAACUUGCCUCGCCGUGUUCGUCAGACUCCAACCGCAGGCCUCGUUCUUGAGGACUUGAACCCGAUGACCAUGCACUUCGGUGAGGACGCUGACGACGACGACGACGAGGUGCCGGGAUCUCCUUCGUGCCCUGCUUUAUCGAAUGCCCAAGUCAUCGGCCGAAUCCAAACGGCCGUCGACGUCCCCCGAGAUCUGCCCGACAGUGGCGACGGACCGGCCACGAGCAUUACUCUCGUCUUCCAGGGCAAGGUCUCGGAAACGCGGGACCCCGACGACGAGAAGACGCUCACUUCGGUCCCUGCGCACACACCGUACAGGAUGCUUCUUAGGUCAGUCCCCACAACUGGAUCACCGUCUUUCCACACAAGAAUGAUCAAGAACCCGCACACAUGCUUACCCGCCUUGUCGCGUGUCUUCCUGGCGCAGGGCGCUCAAACUUACUGCCGACCCGAAGUACGAAUGCAGUUGGGAGUCGUGGAUCUCGCCUUCGUUCGCGUUUUCGGACUAGCCCUCGAAUUUGCUUCGUCCUAUGUAUAUAAGAUUGUCGUGCUGUACUCAUUAUGCCAAGAUCCCUGAAUAUCUUUCGCUGCGCAUAUUGCACCGUGUCUUCGAUCAAUUUGCAAUCACAAAAAUCGUUUUGUGCAAUCCGCUGCGUUGCAUGAGUUAACUACAAGGUUGUAUAGGUCCUCCGAUCCGAGUUCCUGGUUCAUUGCUUGGCCUUGUUUUCCUUGUCAACCUUAUCAACAUUCACCAUAGUGGGUACAAGGUAUGUCGCAUUGAAGUCCCUCAACGCUUUAGCGAUCCUCCCUUGCGGCAACGGCUUGCCAUCCCACCGAUCCUCGAGCUUGACAAUCUUGUCAUCGCGAUCGAGCUCCCCUUGAUCGAAUCCGGCACGUCCGGCUACACGGGCCAAGUCCAACCCAUCAAAAAGGACCAGACCAAGUGCUACGACUGUACAGGUGCGUGAUCUCCAUAUCCUAGGCGCACGAAAGACUAGUUACACUGCUGAUCACCCUUCCUCGACUCUCUUCAGCCAAACCCGUUCCCAAGACGUUCGCCGUCUGCACGAUCCGCAGUACGCCCUCCACGGCCCAUCAUUGCAUCGCUUGGGCCAAGAGCUACCUUUUCCCGUAAGCGGGAAUAUCUAUAAGCUCGUCCGUGUACAGUACUGAGUGUCGAAUUGCACCUCUCACAGUCAACUGUACGGCGCCGAUGACGAGGCCGAAGGGCAAGAAUUGGACGAUGCCGAGAAGAACGGCGAGAAUGGUGUGCCCUGAUUGCUCCUGCAUCCCUUGUGGCUGGGACCGAACUGACCCUCGAGCGACCGCUUCACAGCUGAGGAGAUCCAGGAACUUCGCAAAGAAGCGGCUGCGAUCAAACAACUGCGUGGAUCGCUGGCUGAACCUGGCGCUGCCAAGAGGGUGUUUGACAAGGUGGGUGCGCCCGCCCGACAACGUUCGAAGAGCCUUGUUUGGGCACACAAAGGGGCUCAAUCUGGUCGCACGCUCAACAGGUUUACUCGCAAGACAUCAAUCGACUGCUCAAGAUGGAGGACAUGUGGAAGCACCGCAAACCGCCUCACCCUUUGUCAUGGGACGAACUCUCGGCCUCGACCUCGACCUCGACCUCGACCUCGACGAGCGCGGACGCGGCGACCGAAUCGACUGCGACCCCAUCAGCUACGAACGGCUCGACCGGAGGUCUGAUCAAAGAUCAACGCACCUUAUCCCUACGCGACUCGUUCAAUCUUUUCAUCUCCUCCAUCGAACGUCUCUCCUCGCGCAUCUCCCCGACCUCCCCCCUCUCCUUCGACAAAGAUGACGACGACACCCUCGACUUUGUCGUCGCCUGUGCGAACCUGCGCGCAUCCUGCUUCAACAUCGAGUCACAGACCCGCUUCCAAGUCAAAGAAUACGCGGGUAACAUCAUCCCCGCUAUCGCGACGACGAACGCCAUCAUCGCUGGCGUCUUGGUCCUCCAAGCUCUCAACGUCCUUCGUAACGAUUGGGUCACGGCCAAGAUGGUCUACCUCUCCCGUAAUUCAGGCAGAGUUUUCAACCCUAUCGAAUUACUCGUCCCGAAUGAACAUUGCUCGAUCUGUAGGACCGUGUACGUCCCCAUCCACGCCAAAGCUUCCGCGACCUUGGGUGAAUUCGUCUCCGAGUCCGUGCAGAAAGUCACGGUGGUCAAGGGUGGUGAGGCAGUGGAGGAGGUGUUGGUGCUUGAUGAUUGA